AUGCCGAUUGAGGCUCUUCCUCAGAAAACAAUCCGGGCGAUUGGCUCCACAUCUGUCAUUUCGGAUCCCUAUUCGGUUAUCAAGGAACUUGUAGACAAUGCCCUGGAUGCGUUUGCCACGUCAUUGCAGAUUGAAAUUUCCCAAAAUACCGUGGAUGUCAUACAGCUUAAAGACAAUGGCCACGGCAUCUCUCCAGAGGACCAGCAACAUGUCUGCAAACGAGCUUUUACUAGCAAGAUCCGGACUUUAGAUGAUCUCAAAAAUGUUGGCGGGUCAUCAUUGGGAUUUCGUGGUGAAGCCCUUGCCAGUGUUGCAGAGAUGUCUGGGGUUCUCGCUGUCACCACUAGAGUUGAGUCCGAAGUUACCGGGUUUUGUUUGAAGUACGGAAGAAACGGAGAGCUUACUGGAACACAACGGAAGUCACAUCCCGUGGGAACAACCGUUCGUAUCACGGACUUCCUCAAACACAUCCCUGUCCGCAGACAGACUGCCGUGAAGAGUGCCACGAAAGAUCUCACUAGAAUCAAAAAGCUUCUUCAGGCAUAUGCUAUAGCUCAGCCAUCGAAGAGGCUCUCGUUCAAAGUGCUCAAGGCAAAAAAUGAAAAUAGCAGUUGGGCCUAUGCACCAAGUGCAGACGCCUCGCUCUCGGAUGCAGCUCUCAAGAUAACCGGCACAGAUGUGUAUUCUUCUUGUGUCAUGAAGCGAAUUGCCUGCCCGAGAACCGCUGAGAAUUACCGAGGAUCAUUAAAUCAGAAAGAGUACGAAGUCAUCGCCUUUCUUCCAAAGACACAAUUUGAUACUUCCAAGAUCAACAAUGCAGGCCAAUAUAUCAGUGUGGAUGGUCGCCCUCUCUCUAGUUGUAGGGGGGUGGGGCAUGAGAUAGUCAAAAUCUUCAAGGUGUAUCUCCGUGUCGCCGCAUCCAAAAAUGAAUCCACCAAAUCGAUUAGCGAUCCUUUUGUGUGUUUGCAAAUUCGCUGUCCUAGAGGAACGUACGAUGUCAACAUCGAGCCAGCAAAAGACGAUCUGCUCUUCGAAGACCGAGACGUGGUCUUGGCCUUGGUAGAGAAAUUGUUUCGCGACCACUACGGAAAAAUACAUGGGACGGAGACAGGAAGUUACAACCAAGGCAAGGAGGAUGCUUGUAAACCUGGUGGAAAUUUGGGAGGAUUUAAAAUCUUGAUGGCUAGGAAACCAGCUACAGAACUUUCCCCACAACCUCGCAACUCCGAGCACUCCUUCGAUCAAACCGUACCCCACACACCUCUCUCACAGAAACCGCUUCUGUCUGAGAACGCCUUUUCGCCAGUGGCUCCUUCUAGUUACAAGGACCCCGAAAGCCUCAGCAAAUCGACCAGCGCCAGAAAUGAACGUUCUAGCUUCGUCAACCCGUGGUCUAUAUCCAGAAUCAAUGCCUCGUUACGAACACCCCGACGCGGGAGCAAUUCUUCCAAACAAGCAAGCCCCGCGGAACUAUCUAGUAGUAGCCUGCAGGGGCUAAACCGAUGGGAGACGGAAUCGCGAGGCUUCCAGCAUUCGCCCAUGUCGGACCUGGCAAGUCCUAUUACUUCUCGAAUUGCAUCGAAGUCGCCAGUAAGACGCCUUCGACAGAAGCCACAAGAUUUGGUCGAGUCCUCUCCUGAGACCAAUCGCAUCUCGAGCGCCCAAUGUGCUGAGAGAGGAAAUGAUCGAGAUCGCCAUGGGAACGGAGCUCUAGACACUUGGUUCCAAAGAACUACGCAAGUUUCUCUACAGCAAACUCCAGCCGAGGAAGGACCAGACUCAUCCCUUUCUUUCCUUGCACAACAACGAUUUGGUGUGCUCACGAACACUUUGCCAAACAUCUUGUGCGUCGGUGGACAGAAUUAUAGUUGUUCGGACAGUUCUUCCAGAAAUAGCAUCCACACAAAAGCCGCUAACCAUAGGCGUUCGCUACAAGAUGAAAAAGAGGAAAAUGUUCCAGACCCACUGAAAAGUGGUCAAGGAUUCCCAGUUCUUGAUAGAUGGGCUGCUCAACUCCACGAAAGCGUCAGCCACGAGGAACCAUCUGACCUGGAAAAAGCACUUGACUUCGAAAGGCGGAAGAAAGAAGCCAUCCAGAACAGUCGCACACGCUUCAAGAUGAAUGAGAAGCCAUCCAGUUCGCAGUCUGCUCUGGCAUCCCAUUCGCCUCAUCGCAGUCGAUAUCUUGCCGCAAAAGCUGCGUUAACUUCGUCGCAAACUUCAAUCGACGAGCCGAUCUCUGCGACAAAACUCUCUCCUCAUGAUCCGCGAGCUUAUCUUAUCCGGCAGGCGAGGGACCUUUCUGCCGAUAAAUCUUCAACGGGGGGGUGGAAAAACCGAGAGAACACCCACCAACCGACUUCCCUUCGAACGUAUACCCGAUGGCUCCGGCCUGCAUGA